CGCUUGUGCCGAACUGUCAAGUUUCUAUUGUCUUGUUACUUGAAUAAACUGCCAUGGCCGAUACUGUCCAAUUCUACCUCGAGCGGAUGGUUCCCGAGCUCGAGGAUCUCGAGAAGAAGGGACUGUUCAGCAAGGUCGAGAUAAAGUCGAUUGUCAAAAAACGAACCAAUUUCGAGUAUGCCUUGAAACGACGUAUUGCCAAGAAAAUUGAUUUUUUGCGCUACAUUGAAUAUGAAAUGAACUUGGACACAUUGCGUAAAAAGAGAAAGGAUCGCUUCAAGGAUCUGAAAAACCAGAAACUCACGAUUUCUGACCACGCUGGUCAACGACGCAUCUUUUUUCUGUUUGAACGCGCUACGAAUAAGUUCAGAGGCGAUCUGUCGUUGUGGAUGCAAUACAUUGAUUAUCUCAAGAAAUGUGGUGCCAGAAAUUUGCUGAGUGGCGUGUUUGGCAAAGCCAUUCAGUUACAUCCUACCAAGGCGCCUUUGUGGAUCAUGGCGGCUUCUUGGGAAUAUGAAGGCAAUGCGAAUAUGGCUGCGGCUCGUAUGCUGAUGCAGCGUGCGCUUCGUGUGAAUCCUACCGACGAGAGUUUAUAUCACGAGUAUUUCCGUUUAGAAUUGUUAUAUGUCGAGAAAAUCAAGGCUCGUCGACGGGUGCUGGGCAUCAGUGAUCAAGGCGUGAAAAAGACCGACAACGAGGAGGAGGAUAACGAUACAACCAUGGAUGAGGACGAGAAUACGAUUAAGCUUCCAACUAUCACAGGCGAAGAAGUCGAGAACUGGAACGACGAAACUGACGAACGAAAAACCGUCAAGAAACUGGAAGAAAGUGCAGCUGAAGCGAUGAAGGAAGGCGUCAAUCCUAUUCUGGGAGGUUUACUAGCUCAAAUCAUUUAUGAUAAUGCUAUUCAAGCCAUCAGUAAUAAGCUCGACUUCCGUACCAAGUUUGUGGACAUUUAUCGUGAAUUCUCUGAUACCGACAACGGAUGCCAACACGUGUAUGAUACGAUUCGUCGAGAUAUGGGCAACGUGCCUGCUGCACGCAAGUAUUUGGCAGAACGUCAUUUGUUUGCAAAAAAACCAGUGAGAUCUGCCGCAGACUUGGAAGAGGAAGCGUCACCGUCCGUGUACAUCUCAGUGUCCGAUCCUCAGUUUGUGGAGGCCGUGAAGAACUGUGUCAGAGACUUUGAUCAAGCCGUUGCCGACGUACCUCAACCUGAGAUGUGGGAGUUAUACAUUGAUUUCUUAUUUCGCUGGCAGCAGCUUGUGCAGGAAGAAAACUUGAAACUGUACUUUACCAAAUUGCUGCAAAAAGUAUUCAAGUCGAGCCAGAAGCAGAACAUCACAUCCGAAAAUUUGUACAGUCAAUGGAUCGAAUUCCUCACUAGCCAAGAUAACUUAACACAAGCUCAGCAAAAAGCGACAAUCGCUACUGAGAAAUAUCCCCAUUGUGCCCGUCUUUGGGUGGCACGGAUCCGUCUUGCCAGCGUCGAAGCUGUCACAGAUGAACCGCAACAAGGAUUAUAUAAAAAGGCUCUUGCACAAAAUAUGGCAUCGUUCGAGCUGUGGUCUUCUUAUAACAGUUGGCUCAUUUUGCAAUGGCAAGAGAAUACAAUGACGAAUGAAGCAUUACACGAACUGUAUUUGGACGCUUGUAAUAAAGCAACCACUCUGUUACCCUCUGUCAUGGCCUCCACCGCUGACCGUAAUCAAAUCAAGGAUCUCAUACUUUCUGGUUAUGUUUCCUGGGCGGCACAGGCUGAAGGCAUUGAAUCCGCGAGAAAAGUGUACAAGAAAAUCAUCCAGACCAUGUAUCCCACCCUCGGAUUUUACAAGCAAUGUCUCGAAGUUGAAGAUCAGCAUCCGGAUGACGGCAAUGCAUGUGAAAAUGUCGAGUAUCUGUACGAAAUGAUCUUACGGUUGAAUGUCGAUAAAGCAGAUAUUUACCGAGCAUAUAUCACCUAUCUCACUUCGCAAAAGAAAUUCAAAAAGGCAAAUCAUAUUCAAUGGAGAGCAUCAAACGAAAUAGAAUCAUGGGAACGCAUGUAGACUAGCAAAUAAAUUACUUCAUCUUCUUUUUUUUUAUCAUCAUCUUAUCCCGACGAUUCGGUUCUUGAAUUUGCUUUUUACUGAUAAUCAGGAACGGAUACCUGGUCAAGGUACGCAAGAAUUUACCGAAAGUUCAAAGGUGAUGAUGACAGAAGAUGACUGGAAUC